AUGUUUGCUAGGAUUUUCAUUCCGAAGAAGCACCGGCAGCGAUUCGACGAAGUAGUAUCGCAGAGCCUCAUCAGCAAGGUUCGCAGCAGCAAGAACAGGGCUGACAACACCAGCCGUCUGCGCAGGAGCAGGAGUGAAGACCAUCAGGAACGCCUGCUUGUAUCCACCCGUGCCAGCUCAACUCCUCGGAACCCAGAGGAACCAAGGCAGAGCAUCAGAAAGACAGGCUCAGUCUUAGGAGGCAGUGUGAGGGCAGCAACCACCCGCAGGACGAUUCGAGUGUACAAAGGCCACAAAAGCUUUGGCUUUACCCUGCGUGGCCAUGGCCCUGUGUGGCUUGAGUCCAUUAUUCCAGGAAGUCCAGCUGAGAAAUCUGGAUUGAAGGCAGGAGAUCGAAUUUUGUUUCUGAACGGGCUGGACAUGAGAAACUGCUCCCAUGAGAAGGUGGUGGCCAUGUUACAAGGUAGUGGAGCGAUGCCCACUCUUGUGGUGGAGGAUGGACCUUUUAAUUAUCCCCUUGAACCGGAGACUGUGGACUCUCCCUCGUACUCUUCAUCACUGACAUCUCUACAGUGGGUAGCUGAAAUCCUACCACCCAGUAUAAAGUUCCAAGGUAGAACAUUCACCCAGCAACUGGAACACCUCCUGACUCCCCAGGAGCGGUACAGUGUCUGCAAGGCUCUUGAGGGUUUCUUCCAGCACAGGAACAUUGAUACUCUGAUUGUUGACAUCUACCCCGUGCUGGAUACACCAGCAAAACAGGUGAUCUGGCAGUUCAUCUAUCAGCUGCUGACAUAUGAGGAGCAGGAGCAUUGUCACCAGAAAAUUGCCAGAUUCCUGGGAUACAAGGCAGCUGCAGGUAGCAAAAAGCUGGGGAUGUCUCUGUCAUGGCAGACAGAGCCUCUUCCCAUGCACCCUUGUCGUUGUCAUGCCCCCAGUGAUCCCUCCCCAACUAAUUCAGACCCACACCCCUACGUCAGCCUGGAUGGCAGUCCUAGCCCCUCGCCACAGAACAUGGAGAUCAUGAACAGUCCCCCGAACCGCCGUAAGAAGCUCUUCACCUUCUCCCGGCCUCCUCGCAGCCGUGAUACAGACCGGUUCCUGGACGCCCUGAGCGAGCAGCUGGGACAGAAAGUGACCAUUAUGGAUGAGUUCAUGAACCCAGAGAAUGAUUAUGAAGAAAUGACCUUUCCAGAGGAUCAGGGAAUCUAUGGCACAAAUGACCCAAGCAGCCCCAGUGAGUAUGUCAGCAGCAGCGAUGAUGGAAGUUCCUUAACAUAUUCUUCAUGUUCAGAUCCUAUCCCACCUCCUCCUCAAAGUCCCCCUCCCCCUCCACCCAUACAGUUCAAUGACCCAAAACCUGUCACCUUAAUCUCAGAGUUGAAAAGGGUUAUCCCACCUCCACCCCCACCUCCAUUACCUCCACCCCCCUCUUACUCCUCCAGCCAGCAUCAGUCUAUUCCCCUCCCACCCCCUCCUCCCCCUCCUCCUUUACCAGGCUCAUCUGGCCCUCCUCCACUGCACCGUGGGUUUCACCGCAGAAGCGAAUCCAGCCAUAUGAGUGUGAAGAGACUGCGAUGGGAGCAAGUGGAAAACUCUGAAGGGACCAUUUGGGGUCAGUUUGGAGAGGACUCAGAUUACGAUAAGCUGAGUGACAUGGUCAAGUACCUAGAUCUGGAGCUGCACUUUGGAACUCAGAAACCAAACAAAGCAAGUUUUAUACCUGAAACUUUUAAGAAGAAGGAUGUGGUGGAAGUAUUGUCCCGCAAGAAGGCCUACAAUAUGUCUAUUCUCAUUGCCCACUUGAAGCUCUCGGCUUUGGAGCUCCGCCGCAUCCUCAUGACAAUGGAGAACGAUCGUCUGGAGCCCUCUCACAUUAAGCAGCUGCUGCUCUAUGCUCCCGACGAGGAAGAGUUGAAGAAUUUCAGACGGCACACAACUGAUCCCAGUAAGCUGAGUGAGCCGGACCAAUUUGCCCUGCAGAUGCUGUCAGUAAAGGAGUACAAAAUCAGACUGAAGAGCUUGCAUUUCAAGAUAACAUUGCAGGAGAAGACAGAGGAGAUAAAGACUGGACUGCAAUGUAUCUACAAGGCCUCAGUUGAGUUGAAAAGUGGCAAGAAAUUGGCGAAGAUUCUGGAGUUUGUCCUUGCAAUGGGAAAUUAUCUCAAUAAUGGUCAACCCAAGAGCCCCAAAACUACAGGAUUUAAAAUUAAUUUCCUGACAGAGCUUGACACCACAAAGACCGUGGAUGGGAAAUCUACUUUCUUGCACAUUCUUGCCAAAUCACUGAGCCAGCACUUUCCUGAGCUGCUGGAUUUUGCCAAGGAGAUUCCAACUGUGGCACUUGCUGCAAAAGUUAAUCAGAGAACGAUAACUACGGAAAUUAUUGACAUCCACACAACCAGGAAAGACAUACAGACAGCUUGUGAGAACAUGGUAGUCACCGAUGAGGACAGAUUCUCUGCAGUCAUGACCGCAUUCCUGGGGGAUGCACAGCCUGUCAUCGCUUCCCUUGACACCCUGAAGAAUCGAGCCAUCGAGGAGUUCAAUAAAGUCUCAACGUUUUUUGGGGAAGAUUCAAAGAUGACGACGACUGAAGCUUUCUUUGGGAUAUUUGCAGAAUUUAUCACAAAGUUUGAGAAGGCAUACAACGAUACGCAGGCCUCUGUGAACCUUCAGAACCUGAAGGUGGUUUCCCCACUUGCCUGGUGACAUAAAUGAUGCUUCUCCAUUUACAGCAGUUUUGCCAAAAAGUGCAGUUUUGUUUGACUGACACCCUGAGAUAUGGAAAAGAAGAC